CUUACUUCUGGGAUAAACACACCGGCUAUAGAGUACAACUCCGCAGUAUAACCCGGUUUCAGAACUGUCAAUAGAACGAACGAAAAACUUCGUGCAGCAGGUACUUUGUGUGAAAAUCGUGCUGCUAAAUUUUGCACCAUUGCGAUCAAACGGCAAACAACACAAAUCCACUAGACGAUGGCAGCGUCGGCUGAAUUCAACAGUUGGCUCAGCUCCAAGCUGAAAGCUUCAAACGCGGACGAUGGCGUAUUCGGUUCCUACAUCACCGGUAUCCUUGAGGGUGACGAGAAUAACGAGGAAAAAAUGGAAGCCCUGGAAGGCAUCCUUGGUGCAAUCAUUGAAUCAGAUCUGGAACCGUUCAUCAAAGAAAUACUGGACAAAUGGAAGAUCUGCCACAACCGAGAGGCUGAGUUGGAAUCGAAACCGAAGUUGGACGUCGAGGCACAGCUGGCCAAACUGUUGGAAACUCAAAAGCUAACAACAAAGGUGGAGCGCGAAUAUACCGACGAGGAAAGGCGCAUCAAGGAGCAAAUACUAUCGCAAUACAGUCAGCUCUCGGAAAGCGAACAUGACGAUGAUGACGAAGAGGGAGGUGCUGCAACAAGCUCCGAUCCAAGACUAGUGAAAAAUACAAAUUUUGCUGACGUUCAAGCCCUUGCGCGGGAGAAGCGGGAGCAAGCUAAAUUAGAAAGUCAAAUGAAGAAGGAAAAGGAUAAACAGGAUCGCGAAAAGCAGCGCCAGCUUCGAGAAGAAAAGAAGGAAAAACGCAAAACUGUUAAAGGAGAACGCCGGCGGUAGCGCCCUUCCAAUGGGUAAGCGAAUUCGCCAAACAGCUCAUAUUAUUCUUGUAUGGGAAUUGCUCAUGUAAACCCACGACCAUGUGAAAACAUCUCUUCAAUCCGUCUACGACACAUACGAUGAACCAUGCGAAAUAAUCUGCCAGAGUCGUGUUAAAAUACGCUGAUAAAUUCUGCAACCAACGACGAUACAAAAUAAGAGGCAUUGCAAAGCAUUGCGUGUACGAAAGCUAGGUAACAAGAUAGGUUCUUUCGAGGCAAUAGUUGGUUCGGUGGUACCGAUUCUUAAGGGAAAACACAUAGAUAUUGAACAUAUGAUCCUCUCACUGGACAUAUGUUGGUCGAUCUAUCUUCAAGUGUCCAAAUAUAACCACGUGCCGUGACAGUCAAAAUGAAAGUGUUGUUGCAAAAUGAGAAUAAAUGUAUAGCAAUGUAUGUACGUACCAAUGUUCAAAGCGUGUUGCCUUAUUUAGUUUUUUCCUGUUUGUA